GGGUGUGCGGUUGCAGUUUCCUCUCCUGUUUUGCUGUCAUAGCUGGUCCCUUCGAGUCCAGGACAGACUGGGCGCGCGCCCGUGUGUGUGUGUGUGUGGUGUGUGUGUGUGAGCGGGACUCAGGACAGAGGUGUCCCCUCACUACCUGUUUUUGAUUUUUUUUUUUUUUUCCUUUUAUCUAAAGAAGGCAGUUCUUACCUUUGCCUCCCUGUCGCCUAGUUGGGAGCGCGGUUGGCGUGCGCAGUGGUUCGGAAUUUUUUUUUUUUUUUUUUAACUUGUGAGCGCUUUUCCCCCUCUCUUUCCCCGCCUUCAAUUUAGGCUCAGUGCCGCCAGCUCUGGUUUCCUUGAAUAACCGCUUUCGGCCCCUUCUCUCGCCACCCCAGUCCCAGUUGGUCCCUCCGCCUUCGCCCCUGGCCCGGGAGGGUGGGAAGCCUUGUCCCCGCCCUUCCCGUCCGCGCCUCGGCAGCGGUAGCCGCACCUGCUCAAUAUGAAUGGGGUCAACGACCCACCUCUUUUUAUAAAAGAUAUUAAGCCCGGACUGAAAAACUUAAAUGUCGUCUUUAUUGUCCUGGAGAUAGGACGCGUGACCAAAACCAAAGACGGCCAUGAAGUGAGAUCGUGCAAAGUAGCCGAUAAAACGGGCAGCAUCACUAUUUCCGUGUGGGAUGAGAUCGGAGGUCUAAUACAGCCAGGGGAUAUUAUUCGGUUGACCCGAGGAUAUGCAUCCAUGUGGAAAGGAUGUUUGACACUCUAUACUGGAAGGGGUGGUGAACUUCAAAAAAUUGGAGAAUUUUGUAUGGUUUAUUCAGAAGUGCCAAAUUUCAGUGAGCCCAACCCAGAUUAUCGAGGACCGCAGAACAAAGGGGCACAUAAUGAACCGAAGACUAAUUCCAUGAAUAGUAAUACAGGUACAGGUACAUUUGGAUCGGUGGGAAAUGGUCUUCAAACUGGCCCUGAAUCAAGGGGGUACCAACUUUCAUAUGCUGGUAGAAGCAGUGUCCGGGGACCUAUCAAUCCACAGCCACCAGGAGCUGCUAAUAAUCAAACAGUCAUGACCACAAUAAGUAAUGGCAGGGACCCUCGGAGAGCCUUUAAAAGAUGACCUAUGCCAAAUAGUCACAUGUAGUUUUUAAACUACGUGCCCUACUUGAACACUUAGUGCACUUUUAUUUAUUGUUAACUGUGAAAAAUAUGUCCUUUAUUGGUUUCAUUUUUACAUUUUUGGUUUGUUAAGAGUGGUUUUUUUUAUAGCAAAACUGUUAAGCUGCUCAAAUCUCCUAUUGAAUGGGAACACUGAAAAGUAGGGGCAUAUAUUUUUAGAUCAAAAAAGUUAUUGGAUAUCCUCUAAAAAUUACACCCAUUUCAAGGGUGAGUUAUUUAAAACAUCAGCUUUAUAGCCUCUAUGAGUCUAUCUUCUGUAUAAAUUUUGUAAUAUUUCAUGUAAGGCUUAGUGGGAGAUGUUCUUUGUCUUAAAUUCAGAUAUUGCCAACUAAAGCAAUAACCACCAAAAAAAAAAAAAAAGAAAAGAAAAACCCAGAAACUUGGUCAAUGCCAACAAUAGUUUUUGAGUGUUUGAUUC